AGCCUUCAGGCUGUCCUUCUUAGCUGGGGAGGGAGCUGCAGAAACGACACCGAGGACUGGCCCCUUCAUGAGCUGUGACUUUGAGGCCCCUGCUACCACUACUGAGUUAACGGGGGGUCCCAGGCUAGGGGGCUCAACAUGGGCAGCCCCCAGGGCAGCUCCCUGCAGUUUGGACUGUCCGCACUCUUUCCAUGUCCCUGAGUCUUCAGGCCCCUGGCUCACUAAGUUCAGGAGUGGGAGCUGUGCUGUGGGAGACCGCCUGGACCGCACCCUGCAAGCAUGGUGCUGCCGAAAGUCAAGUUUGACCAGAAGAAGCGGGUCAAGUUGGCUCAAGGGCUGUGGCUCAUGAACUGGCUUUCCGUGUUGGCUGGCAUUGUCAUCUUCAGCCUAGGGCUCGUUCUGAAGAUCGAACUCCGGAAGAGGAGCGAUGUGAUGAAUAAUUCAGAAAGCCAUCUUGUGCCCAACUCCUUGAUAGGGAUGGGGCUGUUGUCUUGUGUCUUCAACUCUCUGGCUGGCAAGAUCUGCUAUGACGCCCUAGAUCCUGCCAAGUAUGCCAGGUGGAAGCCCUGGCUGAAGCCGUACCUGGCCAUCUGUGUCCUCUUCAACAUUGUCCUCUUCCUGGUGGCCCUCUGCUGCUUCCUUAUGCAGGGCUCGCUGGAGAGCACCCUUGCCCAUGGGCUCAAGAGUGGCAUGAAGUACUACCGGGACACAGACACCCCUGGCAGGUGUUUCAUGAAGAAGACCAUCGACAUGCUGCAGAUCGAGUUCAAAUGCUGCGGCAACAACGGCUUCCGGGACUGGUUUGAGAUCCAGUGGAUCAGCAAUCGCUACCUGGACUUCUCCUCCAAAGAAGUCAAAGAUCGCAUCAAGAGCAACGUGGAUGGGCGGUACUUGGUGGAUGGCGUCCCCUUCAGCUGCUGCAACCCCAGCUCGCCACGGCCCUGCAUCCAGUACCAGCUCACCAACAACUCGGCGCACUACAGCUACGACCACCAGACGGAGGAGCUCAACCUGUGGCUGAGCGGCUGCAGGGCCGCCCUGCUGAGCUACUACAGCAGCCUCAUGAACUCCAUAGGCGCCAUCACGCUCCUCAUCUGGAUCUUUGAGGUGACCACCACGAUUGGGCUGCGCUACCUGCACACGGCACUGGAAGGCGUGGCCAACCCUGAGGACCCUGAGUGUGAAAGCGAGGGCUGGCUGCUGGAAAAGAGCAUGCCCGAGACCUGGAAGGCCUUUCUGGAGAGCUUGAAAAAGCUGGGCAAGAAUAACCAGGUGGCAGUAGAGGGCGCAGACGAAGGCCAGGCCCCCGAGGCUGGCUGAUGGCCCCGGGGCCCCCUCCCCUCCUGAACACUGAGAGGUAGUGGACUCUACGAAAGGCGGAUACCCCCCUCGUCCAAUCCCAAUCUCCCAAGGAGGGCGGUCAUCUUACAGAGACUCUUCUUAAUGGUGGGAUUGAAAGUUUAAGGUCCCUAAAAGCAUUUGCAAACAUUUCUUGAAUGACUGACUCAAAGUGUGAGUGAAUGAGCCCCCUCAGGCCCACUGCCCUAGGAUAUACCCUCAUGGUGGACUCAGGAGGUCUCUCAGGGAUGAUUAUGCCCACAACCUGUCUCUCACAGCACCCGAACUCAGUUCCACCGAGGCUACUGGCCACGCCUGAGGGCUGCUCCCCUUUGAUGAGUUUGCCAUUAUGAGCUCCAAGUUGCUUCAUUCUACAUCGAAAGCGUCACUAGGUGCAUAAUAAGCUCGGGAGUCUGAAGAAAUGUACUGGUCAUGUCAUUUUUUCUUUUUAAUAUCAAGAUUGACAGGUCAGCCAUUUUUUUUUGUUCAAUGGUGGAAGGUGGGGGACAGUGAUACUCUUCCAAGAGUAAUGAACUCUCCAAAGCACUGAAGGCUCAAAAGAAUUUUUCAAUUAUGGGGCAUCAGAACUCAGGCAAGGAUUAUUAACCCCCAGCAUGCCCUCACUUAGCCAGGAGUGAGCCAUGGGCUGAGGAAGUCAAGUUGUUGGCGUGUUUCAGCAACACCCCACCCAGAAAGGGCUGGGUGACCUCAGUUGGCGCAUCUGUGGAAGCACUGAGAUGGCCGCCCUUUUGUGGGAGAGAAGCAACAAUCAGACAGGAGUCCACCCUUUGGAGGCCAGGCCUCACCUCUCGCUGGGCCCAGGGAUGCCCACACAGGUGGCCGUGACAGCUCCCAUGGGCGACACUAACUGUCUGCAGUGGAGGGCAGAGUCCUCUGGGAGCUUCCUCCUGUUUCUUUCCCCAGAUAUUCACCCUUCAAAGCAACAUAUCUGGAAUGCCUUUGCAUUAAAGAAGGUUCUUCGAGAUAGCCCAUCUUCCUGAGCUAGCAACUGCAAGAGAAGUUUUCAGUUCCUUCAGGAAAAAGAGAAAGGGAGUCCUUUUUUUCGGUAGGAGAAUGAUUUCAUUGCGGUCCUUUUUCAGUGUGGAGAAAAUAAGACUUCUGGGGCUGCCUGGGGUAUGUCCUGGGGCUCUCAUUCUUUCAGGCUUAAGACCAGAUCAAAGGUGUGUGGACACUGUCAGACUUUCAUCCCAGGUUUGACUUUUGAGUCUCCUCAAGACUAAGGAACGAUCCACAUUGGAGUCUGGUGUCUCUGCCGAGGGUCCUGGAACCCUCUCCCCUCUCAGGACUGCUGAGAACCAUCGUGGAAAUGCUGCUUUGGCCCAGAUGUGUACCUAUGCUGUCAACAGCUGUACAAUAGACAUUAAAUUUAUAUUGUAUGAAAAUCA